CAACAGCUGAUCUGCGGCGGGUGGAGGGGGGAGGGACACCUGCGCUUGAUUUCGGAGUGACAGUUGGUGCUUGUGGUUGUGGUGCUGCGAUUUGAUUGUUUGUUUACGAUUGAUUGAUUGAUGGAGUGAAGAUGAAGAUAAAUGAGAAGAAUAUGGUGGCGUUCGCCAUCUCGGCGACGCCUGUGGACAGGGAGGGAUGGUUGAGCAAGCGGGGAGAGGUCAACAGGGGGUACCAGAGGCGGUGGUUCGUCCUGAAGGGGAACAUCCUCUUCUACUUCGAUCGCCGAGGGGACAAGGAGCCCGUGGGGAUGAUUGUCCUGGAGGGGUGCACCAUCGAACUGGCGGAGGCUGAGGAGCAGUUCGGCUUCAAGAUCGUUUUUCAUGGGCCUAACAACAGGAGCUACGUCCUGGGAGCUGAAUCUCAGGACUCGAUGGAGCAGUGGAUGAAAGCCCUAGCCUGCGCGAGCUACGACUACAUGAAACUCAUGGUAGCUGAGUUGCAAAGACAACUGGACGCAGCUGAGGAAGAGGCAGCCCAACCUGAAGAGGCUCAAGCCCCAGACCUCCCAAGGGCACCACCUAGAACCCGUCACAAUCCCUUCAACAGACCCGACUCGUCCUACCAGAGGUCUCAAAGCGUGAGAUCAGCCCCAGGGAGGACAGAAAACAUACCUAGAACUAAAGUAACAUUUAAGGAGCUGCACACAGCGUAUGGUAGACGAAUCCUAGCUGAUAUCAAUGAGUGGAGAUAUGCCAAGAGAAAUGCCGAAGCUCCACUUAUAACGCUCUAAAUCAUUAAAACAAGCCAAAUCAAUUUUGCCCAGUUUAAAGUUCAAUUAUUGCUAAAUACUUUGAAAUCUAAGAAAGACAUUUAUGAAAAAAAAGCUGCAAUAAAAUUCCGCUCUCUCUUCUUUUUUACCUCCCUAACAAUCCACAAAUAACAUGUAAUGAAUAAAUUCUCCAAAGAUUGAUUGUAAUACUCCACAACAUAAAUAAA